UUUUAGAUUUUUUUAUCCGUGUGACAUUUUGAUUGGUUAUAGAGAUAAAAGUGAAAUUAAAGGUUCAGUGUGAACCAAAGUUUUGUUCCACCAAAAAACCUAGAUUCUCCCCAAACUUCAUCCAACGGCACAACUGCAAUAAAUAGCCCUAUCAAAAUAUAAUACUAAUAAAUAUUGAAACUGGAUAGCUAUGGUUUAGUCCUCGAUGAAUGCGAAUCCCUAAUAUUUACUCCUUUUAACUCUUUCAAUUUCUCUCUCUCAACUUGAUAUGUCUCUCUGCGUCUCUUUCUUUCUCUAAAUCUUACUUUUACUUUACAUUUUUGUAUACCAAAACAACAAACGAGGAAGAGAUAGAGAGAGGAAGAGAUAUUUCUGGUCACGAUGCAGGAGUCAAUACCGGAUUUUCUUGAAGAAUGUGAAUUUGUGGACACUUCACUAGCCGGAGAUGAUCUGUUUGCUAUCUUAGAGAGUCUUGAAGGCGCUGGAGAGAUAUCUCCCAUGGCUGCAUCUACACCUAAAGAUGGAACCACAAGUUCCAAAGAGUUAGUAAAGAAUCAAAACUAUGAAACUUCAUCUCCUAAAAAGAAGAGGAAAAGACUAGAAACUGGGAAAGAAGAAGAAGAAGAAGAAGAUGAAGAAGACGAGGAUGGAGAAGGAGAAGAAGAAGACAAUAAGCAAGAUGGGCAACAAAAGAUGUCUCAUGUAAACGUGGAACGUAAUAGGAGAAAGCAAAUGAACGAGCAUUUGACCGUUUUACGUUCUCUUAUGCCUUGUUUCUACGUCAAACGGGGGGACCAAGCAUCGAUUAUAGGUGGAGUUGUGGAAUACAUAAGCGAGCUACAGCAAGUUCUUCAAUCUUUAGAAGCCAAGAAACAACGUAAGACCUACGCGGAAGUCCUGAGCCCGAGACUAGUCCCAAGCCCUCGUCCUUCACCGCCUGUUCUAAGCCCACGAAAACCGCCUCUUAGCCCUCGUAUCAGCCACCAUCAUCUCCUUCUCCCUCCCAUAAGCCCUCGAACCCCUCUUCCCACAAGCCCAUACGGGACCCAUCCUCCGCAACUACCACUCAUCCCACAGCCUCCUCGUUCUUACAGCUUAGGGGACCUACCUCCAUACUCCCCAGCUUCAUCUUCUUCCUCUCCUUCAGUCAGUAGUAAUCAUGAGAGUAGUUUGAUAAAUGAGCUUGUUGCUAACUCAAAGUCAGCUUUAGCUGACGUGGAAGUGAAGUUCUCAGGAGCUAAUGUGCUGCUCAAUACGGUGUCGCAUAAGAUCCCAGGACAGCUUAUGAAGAUAAUCGCUGCUCUUGAGGAUUUGGCUCUCGAGAUUCUUCAGGUUAACAUUAACACCGUCGAAGAAACUAUGCUUAACUCUUUCACCAUCAAGAUUGGAAUUGAGUGCCAACUAAGUGCAGAAGAAUUGGCUCAACAAAUUCAGCAAACAUUCUGCUAAUAAAUGAAGGAUUAGAUACAUCUUCAACAUAAACUCUAACAAGCGAUCAGUACGGACUCACUUUCUCUCCUUACCAUCCUUUUAAUUAUCUCCAAAUAUUUCUACAAAUAUAUUCAUUUUGAAUAAUAUUGUUGAUUAAAAAUUAAACAAAUAUUAUUAAGUAUAACCAAUAUAAAUGAGGUUAAACAAACUAGCUUAAUAUUUAACACCUUCCUCGCAUGUUUUCUCUCUGUAAGCGUAGAAUUAGGUAACAGUACUCCUACCAUGUAACUUUAUGCUUUAUUAUAUCAAGCGUUGUAGCUGUAAUUGCUUAUGAAUGAACAACGGUG